CCGAGGGCGCGCCGUGGAGGGGCGCACGCAGGCCGCCGAGCCUCUCAGGGCUGGGCCGCACUGUGCCCGGCCAGUAGGCAGCUGCGAGAGGAGGCCGGAGGCGAGAGCGAGCCCGGCGGUGGGUGCGCAGGGCAGUCUGCAGCCUGCAGCUCGCAGGGAGAUCGCAAGCCCGCAGCAGAGGCCGGGCCGGGCGUCCAGACAGGUGAUCGGUAGUGCGGCGGCUGCGGCUCCAACAGCUCCAGCCUUGCUCUGGAGUCCCUCUUGGGGCUGAUGCCCGCAAAUAUGCAGAAUUAUCGGCCGAGGCGCUCCUAAAGCCAGCGCUGAGGAGCGAGCGCGGCGGCGGCCAGCACCGAGAACGCACCAAGGAAGAAGCCCAACCCCCGCCCUCCGCCCCUUCCGUCCCCACCCUCUACCCGGCGGCCCGGGAGGCUCCCGGCGCUGCGGGCGCGCACUCCCUGUUUCUCCUCCUCUUCGCUGGCGCUGUCUGCCUCUCUCCGCACUCACGCUCGCGCCGGGCGCGCUCCGCCGGCUCCCUGUUCCCCGCGCCACCCUCCGGGCCGCGCUCCCUGAGGGAUGGUACUGAAUUUCGCCGCCACAGGAGCCCGGCUGGAGCGCCCGCCCCGCGGCCUCGCCUCCCCGCCGAGCCGCCCGCGCCUCGGGACGCGAUGAGGACCUGGGCUUGCUUGCUGCUCCUCGGCUGCGGUUACCUCGCCCAUGUCCUGGCCGAGGAGGCCGAGAUCCCCCGCGAGGUGAUUGAGAGGCUGGCGCACAGUCAGAUCCACAGCAUCCGGGACCUCCAGCGACUCCUGGAGAUAGACUCCGUAGGGGUUGAGGAUGCUUUGGAGACCAGCCUGAGAGCCCAUGGGGUCCACGCCACCAAGCAUGCAUCCGAGAAGAGGCCUGUGCCAAUCCGAAGGAAAAGGAGCAUCGAGGAAGCUGUCCCCGCAGUCUGCAAGACCAGGACAGUCAUUUACGAGAUUCCUCGCAGCCAGGUCGACCCCACGUCCGCCAACUUCCUGAUCUGGCCGCCGUGUGUGGAGGUGAGGCGCUGCACCGGCUGCUGCAACACCAGCAGUGUCAAGUGCCAGCCCUCGCGCAUCCACCACCGCAGCGUCAAGGUGGCCAAGGUGGAAUAUGUCAGGAAGAAGCCAAAAUUAAAAGAAGUCCAGGUGAGGUUAGAGGAACACUUGGAGUGCGCGUGUACCACUGCCAGCCUGAAUCCAGAUUACCGGGAAGAGGAUACAGGAAGGCGUAGGGAGUCAGGUAAAAAACGGAAAAGAAAAAGGUUAAAACCCACCUAAAGCAGCCAACCAGAUGUGAGGUGAGGAUACGCCCGUAGCCCUUCCCUGGGACAUGGAUGUACAUGGCGUGUUACAUUCCUGAACCUACUAUGUACGGUGCUUUAUUGCCAGUGUGCGGUCUUUGUUCUCCUCCGUGAAAAACUGUGUCCGAGAACACUCUGGAGAACAAAGAGACAGUGCACAUUUGUUUAAUGUGACAUCAAAGCAAGUAUUGUAGCACUCGGUGAAGCAGUAAGAAGCUUCCUUGUCAAAAAGAGAGAGAGAGAAAACAAAACCACAAAACACAACAAAAACAAAAUGGACUCACAAAAGUAUGUAAACAGUCCACGGAACGGAGGGUCGCCCUUGCAGGAUGGAAGUGCAGAGAUCUCAGCAGACUGGAUUUCUGUCCAAGCGGUCACAGGUGCUUUUUUGCCAAGGACACAGAGCCUGCUUUCGGAAUGACUCCAGAGGGGUGCCUGUGGGCUCUGCAGGGCACGCAGGGAGCAGGAAUGUCUCAGAAACCACCAUGCGAACUUUAGAAACCACACCUCCUCGCUGUAGUGUUUAAGUCUAUACAGAAACCUUCCUGAGAGCCUUAAGUGGAUUUUUUAUUUACACCAUAAAGUGAUUAUUAAGCUUUCCUUUUUACUCUUUGCCUAGCCUUUUUUUUUUUUUUUUUUUUAUUAUUAUCUCUUGGAUGACAUUUACACCAAUAACACACGGGCUGCUGUAACUGUCAGGACAGAGCGACGGUAUUUUUCCUAGCAAGAUGCAAACUAAUGAGAUGUAUUAAAUAAACAUGGUAUACCUACCUAUGCAUCA